AUCUCCAACUUGCAGGGUAGAUGGGAAAAGCUUCCAGAGUCCGACAAACAACACUUAAUCGACGCAUUGGCCGACAAGCAAAAGUUGCCAUGGACCCAGCUCUCAUUAGAAGAAAAGAAGGCUGCAUGGUACAUCUCCUUCGGCUCUUGGGGCCCAAGAAAGCCAAUGGAAAGUCCAGAAGAAAGUGCUAGAAUCUACAAGGGUAUAGCUGUUGGCCUUGUUUUCAGCGCCACCCUGUUCCUCACGUACUACUCCAUGAGAAACGUUCCAAAGACCAUGAACAAGGAAUGGCAAGAACAAUCGGACGAAUACUUGGCUUCCAAGAACGCAAAUCCUUUCAGU